AUGACUGCUCUGGCAUCCGAUUCUCUUGACUUUCUCUGGCCGGGUUCUCGGAUCUUAGCUGUGGGCGACCUUCACGGCGACAUCGGCAAUACAAUGCUGCUGUUGUACGGCGCUGGAGUGGUGGACGAAGAUGGAAACUGGAUUGGUGGCGACUCUCUCCUGAUCCAGACUGGUGAUGUCGUCGAUAGAGGCCCCGAUGGAAAGCGUAUUUACGAUUACCUUUCAACUCUGUCUGCGCAGGCAAAGGAGAGGGGAGGAAAGAUCGUUCAACUUCUCGGAAACCAUGAUGUAAUGAAUGUCUGUGGAGAUUUUCGAUAUGCACAUCCUGCAGAAACGAUGGAAUUUGGAGGUGCCGCGGGUCGCCGCCAGCAGUUCAUGGAUGAUGGACAUUAUGGCAAGAUGCUCCGAUCAUUCCCAGCAUCGAUAAAGGUGAACGGCGUCAUCUUCGCCCAUGCGGGGAUCCCGAGCGAGUUCGCUGCUGUGGGACUCGGAAAGCUCACGCAACAGCUUCAUGAAGAACUGGCAGACGAUUGCAAGCUGCAUAACGUUCGGUUCUACAACGAGGCUAUGGGGUUGCGAACGGGUGAUCUAUUUGUGGCCGGUUCUCAUGGUCCACUCUGGACACGGGUUUUUUCCAUGGGGCAAAUGACGAAGAUAUGCGAGGAGCUUGAAAAGGCCCUAGGGAUACUGGAGUCUGAGAAAAUGGUCAUUGGCCAUACAGUGCAGGAAUCCGGCAACAUUGAGUUCUACUGUGAUGGUAGGCUCAUCUUGAUCGACACAGGAAUCAGUCGGUACGUAGCUAAUUCGCCUAGGAUGCUCGAAAUCCAGAAUGGUGCUUUCUUUGAGUGGAGGCUCGAGAUUUCUGAGCAGGUCAGUGAGGGUGAACCCAGCGUGCGUGGGACUAAGCGGCCGUUGAAUAUCCCAGCCCUGAAGGAACCGGACAGCACGGCGACACGUACUGACGGCAGCGCAGCUGGCCACGAAGACAAGUCGGAUGGGAGCUGCCGUGGAGAUGAGCUCUGA